UAUCUACUGUCCACCUGCUUAGGUACAUCUUACACACCUCACUUCCCAUUUAAUUAUGUAAUACUAUUGGCUGUAGUAGGUACUUAUAGGUACUUAUUAUAAUACUUCCCCAUCCAUUUACGUAACACCAGCGACCGUAAACCAGGCGGAAGAUUAGGGAAGGGUUGGUAUUUCUACAUUUCCCUUGAUCCAAUUUAAAAGGCCUUCACGCGUACAACGAUUGCGAAGCCGCACAAGUCGGGAAGCCCAGUAUUAGAUUAGCGCGUGUGUCGGUGGUCAGUGAGUGAGAAAGUCGCGAGGUAUGGGGACGCGGAAUCUGACGGCGAGCUACCUGUGGCAGCCGGGCGAGCUGGCGCGCCGCGUGCUGGGCGAGCGGCCCGCGCCCGUGCCGCCCACGCGCGAGCUGUGGCCGCCGCCGCCGCUCAGCAUCAGCACGCUGCACGUCGCCUACUUGCACGACCAGCCGCCGCCGCGCCGCGCCGCCUCGCUGCCGCCGCCGACCACGGGCCGCUGCACCGUCGGCACCAACACCGACCCGCCGCCCACGCUGCUGGCGCGCCUCACCGCCUUCGUGCGCCGCCCGCCGCCCGCCCUGCCCGUCAUCACCCCACACGCGCCCCCCCCGCCCGAGCGCGAGCCGCACCCCGCGCGCCGCGCGCUCGCCAGCGUCAAGAAAGCCCUCUCUGGCGCCAAGUACCGCGUCGCACCCGACUCCGAGCCAGUUGACAGCCCCAAGAUUGUCUACGAUAUACCGAAGCCGGGCAACCGCAUGUCGACGACGUUCGGCGCGCGGCCGCGGCGCUGGCGCGGGGCGGCGCGGCGCCUGGCCGCGUGCCUGCGCCCGCGCGCCCCGCCCCCCGACCCCGCGCCGCGCCUGCAGGUCACGCAGGUGAUAGCCCUAAUAUGCGGGCUUCUCGUCGUGAUCCUGAUGGUGCUGGGGCUGGCGUCGGCCGACUGGCUGAUGGCGGCGGGCUGGCGGCAGGGGCUGUUCAUGCACUGCGUGGACGUGGACGCGCCCGCGCCGCUGCCCUUCGACAUCGUGGCGCAGCCGGGCUGCUAUGCGGCGCGCCCGGCGCCCUAUAUCAAGGCGGCGGCGGGGCUGUGCGUGGCGACGCUGUUCGCGGACGUGUGCGGCGCGCUGCUGACGGGGCUGGGCCUGCGCGCCGCCGACCACCGCGCCAAGUUCCGCUACUACCGGUUCGCGGUGCUCGCCAUGUCGCUGGCGCUGAUGUGCAUUUUAAUAGCACUGGUGAUAUACCCGGUCUGUUUUGCUGCUGAGCUGAAUCUCGGCAACCGGUCGGUGUGGGAGUUCGGCUGGGCGUACGGCGUGGGCUGGGGCGCCGCCAUCUUCCUGUUCGGAGCCGUGGUGCUGCUGCUGUGCGACAAGGAGACCGAGGAGCUCUACUAUAAGGAACGAAAAGUGGUGACGGCGUCCCCCCCGCAGCGCCCCUAGGGCCGCGGGCGCCUGCCCGACCUGGUCCCGUGAGGGCCGCGCCGCCCCGCGCGAGCCGCCGCGCGCUCGCUGGAUCUAGCCCGCUAGCGUACCUCAACACCGCACCGCUACAGAGUGGGGUUAGAGUGUAUUUAGUGUGAGUUGGGGUGGAGGUGGAUGUGGUUGGGUUGUCGGAGAAGUGGUAGAA